UUCCCACUUUUAUUCAAAGUUUUAUUUCUUAUUUUGGAUUCAUCUCUCUUCUUCAAACUUAAAGAUAAAAUGGGUUAGUAACGCGUAAGGAAGACGGUGGAUGUCCUUUCAUUGACUUGAGUAGUGGUUUUUACAAGUUUGGAGUUUGGAGAAUUUUUUUUUUUUUCCUUCCCUUCCAUGGCGUAUGCAGAGAAUUUCAGAGGUUCGUCGGUUUCGCAGCCGAAUUUCUCUAAUGAUCGGCAGGACACAGGCUUUAUAGGUGACGAGCUCUAUGCCUCUCUUUGGAGAGCUUGUGCAGGUCCUCUCGUCGAUGUUCCUCGGGAGGGCGAGAGGGUUUUCUACUUCCCGCAAGGUCACAUGGAGCAAUUAGAAGCAUCUACAAACCAGGAAUUGAAUCAGCGAAUUCCUUUGUUUAAUCUUCCUUCCAAAAUCCUUUGUCGUGUUAUACACAUUCAGUUGCUGGCCGAACAAGAAACAGAUGAAGUUUACGCGCAAAUCACCUUACAACCUGAGGCAGAUCAAAGUGAGCCCAGGAGUCCUGAUCCAAGCCCUUCUGAACCUCCGCGGCCCACCGUUCAUUCUUUUUGCAAGAUUUUAACUGCGUCUGAUACAAGCACACAUGGCGGGUUCUCUGUUCUUCGUAAACAUGCUAACGAAUGUCUUCCUCCGUUGGACAUGAACCAACCAACACCAACCCAGGAAUUGGCAGCUAGGGAUCUUCAUGGGUAUGAGUGGCGAUUUAAGCAUAUCUUCAGAGGUCAACCCCGCAGACAUUUGCUUACAACAGGAUGGAGUACGUUUGUCACUUCUAAGAGAUUGGUUGCAGGGGAUGCUUUUGUAUUCCUGAGGGGACAGAAUGGAGAACUACGUGUUGGAGUAAGGCGUCUUGCUCGUCAACAGAGCACCAUGCCAUCCUCUGUGAUAUCGAGCCAAAGUAUGCAUCUUGGAGUCCUUGCAACUGCAUCUCAUGCUGUAGCCACUCAGACCCUUUUUAUUGUUUUUUACAAACCAAGAACGAGUCAGUUCAUUAUAAGCUUGAACAAGUAUUUAGAGGCUGCUAAGAAUGGGUUUUCAGUCGGUAUGAGAUUCAAGAUGAGAUUCGAGGGUGAAGAUUGCCCUGAAAGAAGGUUUACAGGUACAAUUGUUGGGGUUGAAGAUGUCUCUCCCCAGUGGAAAGAUUCCAGAUGGAGGUCAUUGAAGGUUCAAUGGGAUGAACCUGCAUCCUCUAUUCAAAGACCAGAGAGGGUUUCUCCAUGGGAGAUUGAACCUUUUGUUGCUUCUGCUCCUAACCCGACUCAACAACCAGCUGUAAAGAACAAGAGGCCCCGACCGCCAAUAGACACCCUUGCCCUUGAAACUGCUGCUAAUUCUGCAGCCUCAGUUUUCUGGUAUCCUGGAUUGAGCCAGUCCCAUGAUCCAACUCAUUCGAGUAGUGCUGAAGCCCAAAGCAUUGAAAGCCAAGUUUUGUGGCAUCCAAAGCAGAAGGAAGGUAAGGGCAAUCUCAUCAAUAGUAGCAACAGCUGUAGCUCCAAGACCUGGACAGAUGGGGGCUGGCUGCCAUCUCCACCAGUGGAUGUUUCCCUGAGUCUGUUUCAGGAGUCAACAGAAGAUCACAAAAAUGGUAUUACAUGUUCAUUUCUCCAAGGUAGUUCUACCCUGGAUACAUCAAAGCCAAGCAACAGCUUGAUGCUUGACCUCGUGGAUACGGGGAAGAAACCUGAGAUGGUUAGUGGUUGCCGGUUGUUUGGGUUCGAUUUGGUAAAUGUACCAGAUGUCCCAGGUUCUACAGAGAAGGCACUGUCACACCCCAUGAGUGUAUCUAGUGCAACCACCGAUGGAUCCACCCCAGCGGCGACUGGUUCUGGAGCUGAUUCAGACCUCUCAAAGGCUCCGAAGGAACAGAAACAGUGUUCGUUACACGUCUCACCGAAGGAGAGUCAAAGUAAGCAGAGUUGCUGUACUUCUUCCACCAGGAGUCGUAUCAAGGUUCAAAUGGAAGGGAUUGCAGUUGGUCGGGCUGUUGACUUGACUGUGUUGGAAGGUUAUGAACAGCUUAUAAAUGAGCUGGAGAAUAUGUUUGAGAUUAAAGGAGAGCUUCAGGACCGGGACAAAUGGCUACUUGUGUUCACCGAUGAUGAAGGAGACAUGAUGCUGAUCGGUGAUGAUCCUUGGCAGGAGUUUGUUAAGAUGGCAAGGAAAAUCUUAAUCUCCUCAACCCAACAAGUGAAGAAGCUAACAAGUUCAGGGAGUAAGUUACCAACGUCAUCUUUAGAAGAGGGUGAGGGGAUUGUUGUAUCCAUGGAUUCAGAAUUGAAAACUGAAACAUGAAACAUUAACAUGAAACACUGGUUUUUCUUGU